AUGUACGUUGAGAUGGACAACAAUGAAUAUUUUCAGUAUCUUGCAGCUGCAUUUCCCGGCAAGUCAGCAAAAGCCCUAGCUGAUAUAAUGAAAUUUGCAUUCGGUCCAAUCCCCGCCAUCAACGACCAUGGCGCCGACAAGGAACAUUGUCUCGAAACAUACUCUAAAGAAGAUGAAUAUGUAGACAACGAAAUCAAGUUUGAGGGAGAUUCCUCAAAAUCCCCAUCGAUUGAACCUUCAGCACUCUCUCCUUCAAAUCAAUAUCCUACCAACAACAAGCCAAACGAAGUUCUUAACCUGGCUCCUGUUCAUACUGAAAUCAUAUCUUCAUUACUUUUAUCUCCAAAGCAAAACCUUACCAAAAACAAGCCAAAUGAAGCUCUCAACCUGGGUCUUGUUAAUAAUGAAAUUAUGUUCUCACAACUUUCUCCACAUCGCAACUCUAUGGCUGCUAUUCCACCACAUCAACCUUACGGCAACUUGAAUUUUAGUCAACAUAGACUCGACCCGGGCGCUGGAGAUUUCUAUCCUCAACCUCAUUUACCGUACUCAGCGCUUGAUCAUGCACCCCAAAUUUUUACCAGCCACACCAGCUCUAUCAGUCCUUUUCCAAUCAAAAUCACCUGGAUCCCGAUCAAGACAGACAACGACUGGGAGCUGGACCAAUCGAAAACAUUCAACGGUGAGAUACCCCAAAGAUUGAGGCUGGUCCGUCCAAUAUCUCUGUCCCAAGGACCGGAGGGCAGAUGGAUCACAGCAACCGAAGAUUUACGCGUUUGCCAUACCGCUUCCCAAUCUUGCAUGAUGCAAAGCGUUUGUUCCUGGAAUCUAUUAAACCCCGGCAAAUGCCAAUAUGAGGACAAGUGUUUGAAAGCACAUGUAAAAUGGACGUGUUGGGAACUGAUGCGGAACAGCAUUUGCAAUGAUGCAACGACUUCUCAUCGUCAAAUGCACGAACACGUUCAAGACAUGGACUACCGAAGAUUCCUCUUCGAAUCGAUUCACGGCCACGCCGCAAACCCUCGUUUCCCAGAAACACAACAGAUCCCACAAUUGAAGGCCCAUGAAUGUUUGCUCCAUGAGAUACAAGUGGUUAAGCAAUUGUAUCGCGAGAUUUUUGAUCUGAAUAUCCAUCAUUUCCCCACCCCAUUCGUCGCAAUCCUUCAACGCCGCCCGUCUCAACAGACCAAAUUUUAA